AUGAUAGAUUCGUCUUUGCACGUGAGCAAUGAGGAAUCGGACACGGCUGAUUGGCUGCCCAACUCGUUUUUGAGAUUCUUUCAACAGGAUCUGAACAAUAUACCGGUGAAACUCUUAGCUAGUAUACCAAAGUGUGGUGGCUGUCAAGAAUUAAUACUAGACAGAUUUAUAUUAAAAGUAUUGGAACGUACUUGGCACGCUCGCUGUUUAAAGUGUAACGAGUGUGGAGCUACACUAGCCGACAAGUGUUUUGCUAGAAACGGUAUGCUGUUUUGUAAAGACGACUUCUUUAAAAGGUACGGGACAAAAUGCGCCGGUUGCGAUUUGGGAAUCCCGCCCACGCAAAUAGUUCGGAGGGCACAAGAUCUCGUCUACCAUUUACAAUGUUUUGCAUGUGUUAUGUGUGGUCGUACAUUGAAUACUGGUGAUGAAUUUUAUCUUAUGGAGGAUCGUAAAUUAGUGUGCAAACCUGAUUACGAAGCAGCGAAAACCAAAGAGGGCGGAUGCCUGGAUGGCGAUCAACCAAAUAAACGUCCAAGAACAACUAUUACAGCCAAGCAGUUGGAGACAUUAAAAAUGGCGUAUAACAACAGUCCAAAACCAGCUAGACAUGUUAGAGAGCAACUAAGUCAAGAUACUGGAUUAGACAUGAGGGUAGUCCAAGUUUGGUUUCAAAACAGACGUGCAAAAGAAAAAAGGCUUAAAAAAGACGCUGGAAGAUCACGCUGGAGCCAAUAUUUCAGAACAAUGAAAGGUUCAAUUUCGCCUCGAAACGACAAAGACGACCUUAAGGUUGACCUUGAUUCGAACUUCAGUCAUUCACACGACUUAGAAAGCAAUGACAGUUAUGGUACAAGCACGUUAACUAUUGACCAAGAACACAGCUCUCCAUUACCUGGGAGUCAUCACCAUAAGUUUUUGCCCGGAAAUUCUUCACCAUCAUCACAUCAAUACAUGUCAUCACCCACACAACACGUUACCACGUUUACAGCAGAUAAUGGUUACAUCACAGUAGGUCCUGCGCAUUCUGCGCCAUCAGAACUAAGCGACAACAGUAGCACACAUGGUUUUGCAGAUUUCCCACCAAGUCCAGAUUCAUGGCUGGGAGAAACACCGCACAGAUAUUAA